AUAUUAAGGAUAUGGUGACUGACUUUGAUGAAAAACAUGAUGAAUACUUAAUAUCCCUUCAGCAGAGAAACCGGCUGCUGAGACGUUUAAAAAGAAAGGAUCCUAUACAAAUCAAACUGGAGCAGUUAGAACAAGGAUUUUCUCUGUAUCUGAAUGGAGCUAAUUCGGAGCUGAGAAAUUACCGCAGAAAAAUCAACUCACAUAGCUGCCUUAAAAAUGAGACAAAGACUGCCAGGACAAAUGCAUCCCAGGUAGAAGAGAGUGAGUUGCAAGAAUGCAGCACGCAGACUGCACCAAGCAAAAUACAACGCAGAGGUUGGCUUCAGAAAACUGUGGAGAUUAAAACAGAAAGGGGUGCUAAACUCUGCCUUAAACCUCCUCUCGACUACUCUGAGGAUUUUGAACCUUAUGAAAGCUUAAGCGUGGAGACAAAUGGUGAUGAUCCUCUCCGUUACUCCCAGAAAUUGAGAAGAAGCUUGCAACUCAGUACAGAAGAGAAAAGGAUGGAAGAAGACUCUCUUAGUGAUGAUUAUGACUCUGUUGAAGAGGACGUGUUUUCAGAACCAUCUCCCACUGAGGAAACAAUUACAAGCUUUGGAGGCCUUCAGUUGUAUAGCAGUAGAUCACUGCAGAAAGAAGCUUCUGAACAUCAGGAUGCUGGGAGAUGCUCUAGCCUUGAUUCUGGUGCCCCUACUGUGUUGGAGUUCAACCAGGAUCAAAGCAAUGUGAAGCCACUACGAGUUCUCUCGGCAAAAAGGAAAGAUAAUGCUGAAAAGUACAUUCCUGUCAGACCGAUCGUGGUAAAAAAUAAAAUCACUCGGCCAUUCUCUGCUGAGUUCUUGCAGCAGGAAAGACACGAAAAAAUUUGUUCUAGACCGUUAAGUCGGCCAGAAAGACCGCUUUCAGCAACUCGAAAGAACAUGUGUGAGAAGGAUCCUGAUCUCUCAGUUUCAGCUGUGGUUAAAGCAAUGCAAAUUGAAAAUGAAGUCUUGCAGAGAGAUUUGCAAAGGCAGACCGUUUCCACAAGCCCUCAAAAGACUGGCUCAGAACCAGCUGAGAACUGGAGCCCAGUCUUUGAACCAAACUCAGGGUAUCCAAGGUGGGAUGCUGCAACAGUUGCCAUUCGGCACGGGAGUACGUGGGAUUCUUCCGUGGGACAACAGAAGAAACUUCUGAAAGUCCUUCCGGAGCCUGAGAGCCAUUCUGCCCGUGAUAAUGACAUAUUCCUGUCUGAUGACAAAUCGGAAGUAGAUUCCAUGUUGAGAGAGAAGGGGACAACUAGUAUGGAAGUACGUGAUGCCAUUUAUGUGACUAUGGAACUGCUUUCUAACUGGGGAAAUCCAGUAAACGUGGGCCUGAGUGAGGUGGAAUUCUUUGAUUUAUGCAACGAAAAGAUAUUUGUGUCUCCUCAUGAUGUGGACAUUCGAAAUGCUGACAACCCAGGGGAUUUGUGCUGCUUGGUCAACAAGAACUUAAACACCGCGAAGGAAAGCUUCCUUUGGAUGUGCCCUUUCCAUCCGCCUGUCCAACUUUACUUUGUUAUCCGCAAUCCCACCCGAUCAUGUGACUUUGGUAUAUCCAAGAUCAAGAUUUGGAAUUACAACCCAACAACUCCCUGUGACCUUAAUGUUGGAGCAAAGAAGGUGAAGUUAUACAUUGAUGAGAACCUUGUAUUUGAUGGUGAAUUAGAGAGAGCCUCUGGAGAUCCCCUCGCUGACCAUAGCACUACGAUUGACCUUACAGAUCACAAGCAAGACACCUCUGCAUAUUCUUCAAAUGAAAGGAAAGAGAAACUUAACCAGUUCAGCCAUUUCCGACUGUAUGAAAGAUCUUCUGCAGAAGUGCAGGCGGAUGAUUUAAACUAUUGUGACAGCCACACAAUAAGUAUCACUGGGCAAAAUCCCAAUUUCUAUGAAGACUUUUCUAUCAAGGACAUAGCAACCUCUAGAUCAAAGCGGCACAAUGAACAAGAAGAUACUCUGCAGGAGUCGUGGAACUCCUUGGUAAAGUUUAAUUUUUCCCAUCGUGGCCGAAUUUCUAACAUGGAUUUUCAAGGGGAUAUCUUCGAUGAGUUUCUCCAUCAACAGAAAAUCAGCCGGCCUGGAGAAUAUCAGCAGAUGAGAAAAGAGGGAGCACAAACACUACCAAAACGGCAAGAAGAAGAAAAUGCUGUGGAGGCACAUGAUGGAAAUGAUUUUAAAAUUCCAGUUUUACCUUACGGGCAGCACUUAGUGAUCGACAUUCGAACAACAUGGGGAGACAGACAUUAUGUUGGUCUGAAUGGAAUUGAAGUUUUCAGUUCUAAAGGAGAGCCUGUUCAGAUUUCAAAAAUAACAGCUGAACCACCUGAUAUAAAUAUAUUACCAGCUUAUGGCAACGAUCCCAGAGUAAUAACCAACCUAAUUGAUGGGGUAAAUCGGACGCAGGAUGAUAUGCAUCUCUGGCUAGCACCAUUUACCCCUGGAAAACCUCACUUUAUCUUUAUUGACUUUGUGAAUUCCUGUCAAGUAGCUCUGAUUAGGAUUUGGAAUUAUAAUAAAUCUCGCAUGCACUCUUUCAGAGGUGUGAAAGACAUUAUAAUGGUGUUAGAUGAACAAUGCAUCUUUAAAGGAGAAAUUGCGAAAGCUUCAGGAACUUUGUCUGGAGCUCCAGAGCACUUCGGGGAUACUAUAUUGUUCACUACGGAUGAUGACAUUCUUGAAGCUAUAUGCUGCUAUGAUGAGACAUAUGAUGGAGAAAUGGAAAAUGCCAGCUCCUUGGGAUACGAGGAGGAGCUAAAGAGGCCAACAACUGCUGACAGAGAGGGAGAUGAAAGACCUUUUACACAAGCGGGGUUAAGAACAGAGGAUCAAAAGGUAGGGGCCUCUGUUCCGAACUCUCUAGAAACGUACCCUCUCUCUGAAUGUAUACCCAAGGAAUCGGGAAUAUUUACUGGAAAAUGCCUGCAACUGAAUUUCACCGUGACGUGGGGAGACUCUCAUUACCUCGGACUGACAGGACUUGAAGUGAUAGGAAAGGAUGGUCACGCAUUAAAACUAAGUACAGAACAGAUUUCUGCUUCACCCCAAGAUUUAAAUGAUCUUCCAGAGUAUACAGGAGAUUCCAGAACUUUAGAAAAGUUAAUAGAUGGGACUAAUAUCACAGUAGAGGAUGACCAUAUGUGGCUUAUUCCCUUCUCUUUUGGAGAAGAUCAUCUGCUCACAAUCCAUUUUGAUAAAAUUGAAAGUAUUGCAGGGCUUCGCUUCUGGAACUAUAAUAAAUCUCCGGAGGAUACCUAUAGAGGGGCUAAGGUAGUCCAUGUGUUGCUGGAUGGUCACAGCAUCUCCCCGCCAGAGGGCUUCCUUAUCCGCAAGGGACCAGGCAACUGCCAUUUUGACUUUGCCCAAGAAAUUAUCUUUCUGGACUAUCUGCAGCCUCAGCUGAGUAAUAAAGCACAAAGGAGGACUGGUUCAAAGAGAAUGGAACAAGCUAGUAUGGACUACGAAGCACCGUUAAUGCCAUGUGGUUUUGUUUUCCAGUUUCAGCUUCUGACAAGUUGGGGUGAUCCAUACUACAUUGGUUUGAAUGGACUUGAGUUGUUUAAUGAACACGGAGACCAAAUCUUACUAACUGAGAACAAUAUUGCUGCUUUUCCAGAUAGUGUCAACAUUUUAGAAGAUGUAUCUGGAGACAUCCGAACUCCAGACAAACUCAUUGACAGAGUAAAUGACACAACCGAUGGCAGACAUAUGUGGCUUGCACCAGUUCUUCCUGGUUUGGUGAAUAGGGUAUAUGUCAUUUUUGAUGUACCUACUACUGUGUCAAUGAUCAAGUUAUGGAAUUAUGCCAAAACACCUCAGAGAGGUGUGAAAGAAUUUGGUCUUCUGGUGGAUGACUUGCUUGUCUACAAUGGGAUUCUGGAUAUGGUGAACCAUGUAGUGUCGGGCAUCCUGCCAACCUGUGAUCCAGUGGUCCCGUAUCAUACCAUUCUCUUCACAGAUGAUGAGAAGAUUUGCCAUCAGGAGAAGAGAACUGUUAUUAGCAAUCACGUGGGAGAUCAGGAUGUACAAAUGAUGAACGAAAAUGAGAUUGUCACAAACAGCAAAAAGAAGCAGGUUGUGGCUGAUCCAGCCUUGCGUCCAAAAACCUGCAUGUGUGAAAAAGGACUGCAGAGGAGGAAAAGAUAA